AAAUCGUUCCUAACGCCCGUCUCCCGAAAUUCAGGUACAAAAGAACUAACAGGAGAAUCAUCUAUCGUUGGUGGUACAGUUGUCGGCCUAUUAACGGCCAUACUGUUAGUGAUGUUUAUCGUGUAUCGAAUGCGAAAAAAGGAUGAAGGCUCAUAUGCGUUAGAAGAGCCCAAACCACGUCCAUAUUCUGGCUACGCCUAUACAAAAGCGUCCACAAAGGAAUUCUACGCAUAG